AUCCCUGAAAUCAUUUUCAUUUCUCCAAAUCUGCCUCUUUUUUUUUCUUUUUUUUUUCCUCUUUUUUCCCCCUCCUCCUCUUCCCUCCGGGUCCAGAGGAGAGCCGCGAGGGGGGCGGGAAGCACAUCUGCCUGGCAAAUAAAGAUAAGCAGUGCCAGCCCCCAAGCAAAGCAAAGCAAAGCGAAAACCCAAUGUAACAACUCAGGAGAAAAAAAAAAAAAAAACCCAAACCAAAACAAAACCAAAAAAAAGCCCUUUCAGCCAAAGGACUUUGGAAAUAAGGGAUCGCAGAAAUUGCACUAAGGGAAAAAAAAAAAAAAAAAACAAAAAAAAGAAAAGAAAGAAACCCAGCCAGCAUGGGCCAGCCUCUCUUCCCAGCUUGUACUUUGUGUUGUGUCUCCUUUUUCCCAAGGUAAUUGCAGUCUGCCGAGAGGGAGUUAAAUGGGAUUAAAAGACCCGUGUAAGCCAAAGGACCCAGAAGAGAAGGAGGAAGGAGGUGGCCGUCCGGGCCGGGGGGUGUCUUUGGCACGGCCGAGCCCCUUAGAGAGCCAGAGAGCCGCGCUCCUGGGAAGGAUGCACCCACAGCCCGGCCGGCUCCCCCCGGUCUGAUGGAUCCCUGCGAAACUCGCCCGGGAGAGACAAUGCACUAAACGUGAUGGAGCCGGGAGCAGAGCCGGUCUCCAGACUCCGAGCAGCGGCGGCCAGGGGGGGCUCCCUCUUUCUCUGGACCAUUUUAUAUUUUACCUGUUUCCUGGGAGUCACACAGGGAAGUCCUGAAGAUGUGGACAUUCUUCAAAGACUGGGCCUGGCAGGGAAGAGGCCAUCAAGCGGGUGGUCUUCAAUGCGCUCAGUUCCUCAGGGGGUCAUCCCUUUCAAAUUGGGGGUCAUCUUCACUCAGCGAGCGCGCAUUGAAGCUCCCGUCAGCUCCAUCUUUCCUGCUGCCUUUGGCACUGACUUGGCAUUAGUGCUGAGCCUGUGCUCCCACCGCAUCAACAAUGCUUUUCUAUUCGCUGUUAAGAGCAAGAAGAAAAAACUGCAGCUGGGGGUCCAGUUUGUCCCUGGGAAGAUCAUAGUGUACAUAGGCCACAAGCGUUCUGUAUAUUUUGAUUACAAUGUUCAUGAUGGCCAGUGGCACAAUAUGGCCAUUCACAUCCGGGGGCAGACGGUCACUUUAUUUACUUCUUGUGGGAAGCAAAGAAUACAUGCAGAUUUGCAUUUUAAAAAAGACGAGGCAUUGGAUCCACAAGGAUCUUUCCUCUUAGGAAAAAUGAACCAGCACUCAGUACAGUUUGAAGGUGCCAUUUGCCAGUUUGAUAUUUAUCCUUCCGCCAAGGCAGCUCAUAAUUACUGUAAAUACCUGAAAAAGCAAUGCAGGCAAGCAGAUACCUACCGGCCGAAUCUGCCUCCACUCAUCCCACUCUUACCCAGGGAUCCCAGUGCCUCCCCAAGGACCCCGCUGCAGGUUGAGUUCCCGCUACAGGGUUUGAAGAACCUGACCACUGUGAUUCCACCAUCAGAGCUUGACAAGGUCACCCCACCCCUCAAGACUCGGAAAUCAGCUGCAGGAUCUGUCACCCUGCUUCCAUCUAAACAGCCAUCACCAAGAUUAACAACUAAAGCCACCAAGGUUACAGUGGCACGUUCUCCUCUUCCAUCAGGUGCUCAAGUGCAGCCAUCAGUCCGUUCGUUCCCUCAAACUACUACAGGAGCCCUCAGGAUAUCUCAACCCUCUCCCAGUGCAAGCUUGGAAAAGUCCUCCCUUCCCACGGCCAGGCAUGUCCUGCCUUCUGGCCAAGACUCCACUGCUGCCAGCAGGAAAGAAUCUGGGCAAGAAACCAAAAAGAAGAUCCACCAAAAAACAACCCCUAAACUCUCUGAGAUGCCCAGCACUGUAAAGCCAAUGAGAAAUAACAUGGGGAACGCAACUAGCAGCAUCCAUUUCAUUACCCUAAAGCAAACCGCAGAGAGCGUCACCAGUGGACCCAUUCCAAAGAAGCUUUUGCCAUUACCAACCAGGAAAGCGGAUCCUACUACUGUUCCUUUCUUGCACACCAAACUGACACUUGGAUCUCUUCAUCCUAAUUCCAGGACCAGUGUGCAAGUCUUCAACGUCACAACACCUGCUGCCACUGAUGGGUUUCAGAUCUUUGACCCCUUUGGACCUACCCUGUUUCCAUUUUUACUCGGACUUCCAGGACCUAAAGGAGACAGAGGCCUCCCGGGUCCUCCUGGUCUAUCAGGUUUACCAGGACCACCUGGCAAGAGAGGCCCCCGGGGUCUUCCUGGUCCCCAUGGAAACCCUGGCUCCCCUGGUCCACCUGGCCAUAAAGGUCAAAAAGGUGAUCCUGGGCUGUCACCCGGAAAAGCUCGCAAUGGACAGAAGGGAGACAUGGGCUUGCCCGGCUUGACUGGUUUGCCUGGACCACCUGGUCGGAAGGGAUACAAAGGCUAUCCUGGACCACCAGGUCAUCCUGGAGACCAGGGUGAACGAGGACCAGAUGGGAGCCCAGGUGCCAAAGGUUAUCCUGGCAGGCAGGGUCUACCUGGACCAAUAGGCAGGGCCGGUCCAAAAGGCAAUCGGGGAUAUAUUGGUCUCCCAGGAUUAUUUGGGCUGCCAGGGGCUGACGGAGAACGAGGGAUCCCCGGAGUUCCUGGGAAGAGGGGCAAGAUGGGUAGGCCGGGUUUUCCUGGUGACUUUGGGGAACGAGGACCUCCGGGCAUUGAUGGGAAUCCAGGAGAAUUGGGAGCCCCGGGCCCUCCUGGAGUCCUUGGACUCAUUGGUGAUAUGGGCAUUAUUGGACCAAUAGGCUUUCCAGGACCAAAAGGACUAAAGGGAGUGAUAGGAAACCCUGGAGAACACGGACUGAAAGGUGAUAAGGGUGAUCAGGGACUGCCAGGUGUUCCAGGAGAUAUUGGAUUCCAAGGAGACAAGGGCAGCCAGGGCUUGCCUGGGUUACCAGGAUCACGAGGGAAGCCGGGCUCCCUUGGAAGGGUUGGUGAUAAAGGUCCAGUUGGGUUUCCAGGACCACCUGGCCCUGAGGGCUUUCCAGGGGAUAUUGGCCCACCAGGAGAAAAUGGCCCUGAAGGCCUAAAGGGGAAGCCUGGUGCACGAGGCUUACCAGGGCCUAGAGGACAGCCUGGCCAAGAGGGUGAUGAAGGACCCUUAGGACCACCAGGGGUCCCUGGUCCAGAGGGUCGUCCUGGCUGGAAGGGAUUUCCUGGAAGACCUGGUCCUGAUGGUCUAAAGGGAGAGCCCGGAAAUCGAGGCCGGCCAGGAAAAGUUGGUGAGCAGGGUCUGAUGGGUUUCAUUGGUCCAGUAGGGGAACCUGGAAUAGUAGGAGAGAAGGGGGACCGAGGCGCAGUUGGCCCACCGGGCCCACCAGGAGUCAAGGGGUCGAUGGGGCAUCCUGGAGCACCAGGAGGAAUUGGCUUUUCAGGACCUCCGGGACCACCAGGCCCUGCCGGAGUCCGUGGACCCCCAGGUAUAAGAGGAGUCAAAGGCCAUCGGGGUGCCAGAGGCCCUGAUGGGCCAGCAGGGGAGCCAGGUUCACAAGGUGUCAAGGGCCACCCGGGAGAGCAAGGCAAGAUGGGGCCAGAUGGGCAGCAGGGGGCGAUGGGAGAGACUGGGGAGACAGGACCACGUGGCUUUCCCGGUAUCCAAGGCCCUUCUGGACCCCAAGGACCUAAAGGGGCUCCUGGUGACCCGGGGCCACAGGGACCACAGGGGCGACCUGGACCCUUGGGAGAAAUCGGACAUAAGGGACCGCCUGGCUCAAUGGGACAACCUGGCCUUCCAGGUGAACCUGGUAUGAAGGGUGAUCCAGGACAACUGGGGGUCCCAGGAGAACAAGGCCUCAUUGGUCAAAGAGGAGAGCCAGGACUGGAAGGGGACAGCGGCCCACUCGGACCAGAUGGUGUGAAGGGAGACAAAGGAGAACAAGGCCCAGAAGGAGAGAGAGGAGAAAAAGGUUCUGAAGGGCUGAAGGGGAAGGAGGGGCCUCCUGGAUAUCCCGGAAUGACAGGUGUCCGAGGGCAAGAAGGGAAACCUGGAAAACAAGGAGAAAAGGGCAAACCAGGACAGAAGGGCAGCAAAGGCCAUCAAGGACAACUUGGCGAGACAGGCUCUCCAGGAAAGACAGGGCCAAAGGGAACUCAAGGCCUUAAGGGAUCCAGAGGUACCCUGGGACCUAUGGGUCCCCCAGGAAGAAUGGGUGCUCAAGGAGAACCUGGCUUAAGGGGUUAUGAGGGCCAUAUUGGACCACCAGGUCCAAUUGGAGCACCAGGGCCAAAAGGUGAAAAGGGAGAACAAGGUGAUGAUGGGAAGAUAGAAGGCCCCCAGGGACCACCUGGAGACAGAGGUCCAGUUGGUGACAGAGGAGAUCGGGGGGAGCCCGGAGACCCUGGUUACCCUGGUCAAGAAGGGCUUGAUGGGGAAAGAGGAAAACCUGGACAGCAAGGCUUACCUGGAGACCCUGGACCACCAGGCCAGCCUGGCCCAAAGGGAUCCAAAGGUGAUGAGGGUCAAAAAGGAAAGCAGGGGACACGGGGCUCUACUGGCAGCAGAGGCUCACCGGGUCCUAUUGGAUUACCAGGUCCUAGAGGAGUGGUGGGACGGCAAGGUCAGGAGGGUGCUCCUGGAAUGGAUGGAGUGCCCGGGAAAGAUGGCACACCAGGGCUGCUAGGAGAACAAGGAGAUGACGGGGAAGAAGGCAUAGUAGGGAUGUCAGGAAAAAGAGGGAACCCUGGUGUACCUGGUCUCCCUGGAGCACAAGGACCACCAGGAUUCAAGGGUGAAAGAGGAUUGCCUGGGCAAACUGGUCCAAUAGGGAAACGGGGAACACAAGGAGGAAUGGGACUUCCAGGAAGCCCAGGAGAGCCUGGACCCAAAGGACAGCCGGGGGACUUUGGUGAAUCAGGCUUUCCAGGAAUCGCAGGCAUGUUUGGGCCAAAGGGACCUCCAGGAGACCUUGGGUUCAAAGGAAUUCAGGGCCCACGGGGACCCCCUGGUCUUAUGGGAAAGGAGGGUAUCAUUGGUCCACUUGGAAUGUUGGGUCCCACGGGAAUCCCUGGUCCGAAAGGGGACAAAGGCAGUCGUGGUGAAAUGGGAUUACAAGGUCCUAGGGGUCCCCCAGGUCCUCGAGGACACCCUGGACCUCCAGGCCCACCAGGAAUUCCAGCUUCAUUUCAACAAGAUGACUUUGGUGCAGCCUUCCAGACACUGAUAGACUCAAAUACUGCGCUCAAGACAGAGGGCUAUCAACAUUCAGACUUUCUGAUGUUGGACCAGGAAGGGGAGAUCUUUAAGACUCUACACUACCUCAGCAACCUCAUCCAGAGCAUCAAAAGACCCCUGGGAACCAAGGAAAACCCUGCACGCAUCUGUCGAGACCUCAUGAACUGUGAACAGCAGAUGGGUGAUGGUACUUACUGGAUUGACCCAAAUCUUGGCUGUUCUUCAGAUACCAUUCAGGUCAUCUGUAACUUUACCAAAGGUGGACAGACGUGUCUCAAACCUAUCACUGCCUCAAAGCUGGAUUUCAACAUUGGUAGAGUUCAGAUGAACUUCCUUCACCUUCUGAGCUCGGAGGUGGUUCAGCAAAUCACCAUCCACUGCCUGAACACACCGGUGUGGAAGGAAGGUUCAUCUGAGAAGCCUUCAGAAAAAGCUCUGCGUUUUAAGGCUUGGAAUGGACAGAUAUUUGAAGCAGGGGGGCAGCUGCAACCCGAAGUGGCAGCCGAUGAUUGCAAGCUCCAGGAUGGUCGCUGGCAUCGGACUCUCUUUCUGUUUCGGACCCAGAACCCUAACCAGCUGCCAAUUGUCAACAUUUAUAACCUUCCACCAUCCGAGCCAGGGAAACAGUAUCACCUCGAGGUUGGACCCGUCUGCUUUCUUUGAACGGUGACUUCUCCAGCGCUCCAAGGUUCUGACCCCUUUUUUGGUCUAAGUCUUAAGCAGGGUCUCCCACCCCUCUUCACCGUAGAUAGCUAGGCCUUGUUCUUUUCGGUUAACUGUUGCUCUAGCCAUAGAGCCCAUAAAGUCUUAAAGAACCCUUGGUCUAUCGAACUCAGCAGCUUCUCCAGCACGUUCUUGAAAGAAGAACAAGCGACAAAAAAGUGGGGGAUGUUGGCAUCAGCCAAGACAUGAACAGUAAAGGGGAAUCAGGAACUCAAAUGCCAGAUGUUGUAAGCAAUUCCACACACAAAGCUUUUUCCAUGACCAAAGAAAGGUUGAGAGACCCUGAGAAGAAGUUUGCAAUGCAUAUUUUUGUCCUACCUGGUUCCUGAGUUACCAAAUGUUCUUUCCAUGAAAACCCAGAGCUUCCCAUUCAGAGCCUGUCAUCUUCUCGACAGCUGCGCGCUGAAUCAGAAAUCAAAUGAGGCUCUUGUGGGCGGAGUUGCAAGUUGAAGCUGGCUGCUCUGUGUACAGGAAGCAUUUUGAUGUGCAAUAUUAGAACAAAAAUUAUAUAUAUAUAAAUAUUAUAUAUUAUUUAAGCAAAAAAAAAAAUUAGUAUGUUCCUCCUUCCGUGGGUGAGUCUAAUAAAUGUCCCUUCUCACAUGUGGUGCGGUGAGGGAGAGUCCCAAAACUGACCAGGGAAAAUGGAAGGAGGAGGAGAGAAAGUGAUUGGUGCUAAGAUAGAGAGAGAGGAUGGGCCCGUUUGAUUUGUUUCUACCUCUCACUGUGAAAUCUCUGGUGCUCUUAAAAAGAUAAUGUGUUAUUUUAUAUAUGACUAAACUAUUUAAGGUUCUGAAGGUGCUACAAUGUCUUGCCACAGACCCAAAAACCACCAGAUGGGGACUGCUCUCUAAAAUGAGAGGGGGGGAUUGUGAUCUUCAGCUAAUCAGAAAAAAAAAACUGUUAAGUGUAAGUGCAUUUAACUAUUUUAAGGGAUUUUUUUAAAUGGCUUUUAACGUGAAUUGAAAUGGGAGUCAAUAAAUGCACAAUGCAAAAUGUUCUAAAAUAAAUGUACUUAAGGGAUUUUUUUAAAGCAAAUGGUGGGUUUUUAAUGGCAUUUCACUGCUUUGCUUUAUUUUUUGGGUACAACUCACCCACAGAAGCUAUAAGAAUUGUGUCAUAGGGAAGCCUUGAAGAGAGCUAGUUUGGGUUGUUACAUAAAUAGUUUUGCUGUAUUUCUGUGUUGACCGCGUGUAUAGUGUCCUUGCCAGCUCUUCUGUAUUCAGUCAUUCCCUGCUAUGGGAUCCAACAGCUGAUCUCUUCUUAUUUAAGGAAAAAAGCAAAACAAAAAACCCCCCCAAAAAACCCCAAAACAAAACAGAAAAAACCCCACACGCGCUAUGGUGCUUUGUCAGGACCCGUCUGUCAAGACUGAAAUCAUGGUACCUUGUUGCUUCAGAACCCAACCAGGCUUGGAGGAGUUUUGUUUUGUUAAAUUGUGUAGAAAUCUAGUCUCUAUGUGUAAAUUUGGGAUUUAAAAAGGAGAAACAGAGGAUAAUUAUGGUAAUAAUCUUUUUAUUCUAUAUAAGGAGUAAUAUUAAUGUAAUCUGAGCUGUCCUGUAUUGGAAAUGCUUCAGUGCCUGUUUUGGAGUUUUCUUGUCUUGUAUGGACUAUGGAAUUUUUGGAGGAAAAAAAAAAUAUAUGUGAGUCUCUCUUUUUACUACUGUCUUCAGUUUGAUUUUCAAUCAAAGCUAAAAAUUAACAAAAUAUUUUCCAAAUACCUCACCCCUGUCCAUCCUCUCCAGUUCUGGUGCUUCCCCUCAAAAUACCUCACGCUGCCAGCCCAGGGCUCAGUCAGUAAAUGCCUCCCACCCCAAAUCAUUCUCCGAAUGCUAAGUACCUUUGCGUUAAAGUUACCAUAAUCUCAUGUCUCGCUUGCUUCUCUUCCUCUGUACACACUCCCCACUCUGUCCCACUCCCCCUCUUGUCAAUGGUUUUGUACCUUUCAGGAGGUUGGAAUUCCUACUUGUGCUCAUUAAACUUUCUUCUUUUUUUUGGACUUUAAAUAAAUAAUUAAAACUGAGGCAAUGAAAUGGGACUUUCAUGGUUUUUUGCUUCUGAGAAAAAUUCAGAUGGGCAAGAGGAGCAGAAAUAUACUCGGGUGCAAAGAUGCAACACAGAUUCCCACCCCUCCUUGAUCCUGCAACCAGCAUCUGCAUGGAGAUGCACGGACUACAGCGAGGCUCCUUACAGGUGCAGGAGUUAGUCCUCCUUAUUACAAGACCAGACCCAUGUCUGUUAGCAAGGAACAGAUUGACCCUAAAAAUCCUCCUCGUGAAAGAUUCAACAGCCCAGCUAUUAAGAACGAUUUGCCCACCCUUCUUUAGUUCUGUAGGUGUUUUAUCAAGAUGAUACUAUUCUUACCUCUCAG